CACAGUCAUCCCAAUUGUGUUUUCCUGAGUGUUGAGAAACAGAAAUCCUUGGGAUACCGCAUCCAUGACUUACUCCCUUACAAAAGUUACGCUCGAAAGAACCUUGGCUACCUCUAUGCUAUUCAACAUGGCGCCAAAAUCAUCUAUGAAACAGACGACGAUAACUCUCCGACAAGUGGAAAAAUAACUUUUUACCAGGAGGAAACUGGCGAAUUCUUCGUCUACAGAACAGAUUCUGUUGUUGUAAAUCCAUACGAACAUUUUGGACAGAGUACGAUUUGGCCUAGAGGAUAUCCGUUAGAUCACAUUGCUGACCCCCCAUCACGCAAGUUUGUCCAAUGCCUAGGGGCGGACACAUCUAUACAGCAGGGCGUAGUGAAUGGUGACCCGGAUGUAGACGCCAUCUUUCGGUUAACAAGAAAAGACAAAGAUGUGGAUUUGAAAGUUGAGUUUGACGCUGAUGCCUCACCUGUACUUCUUCCUCCAAAAACCAUGGCUCCAUUCAAUUCCCAAAACACACUUUUUAUGAACAAGGGAUUGUGGGGCAUGUUGCUGCCAAUUACAGUAGCGUUUAGAGUCUGCGAUAUCUGGCGUGGUUACUGGGCUCAGCGGUUACUGUGGGAUGUUGGAUCACACCUGUCAUUUUUCCCGCCAAACGCCGUUCAAUUUCGAAACGCACACAACUAUCUUGCAGAUUUCAUUGACGAGAAAAUGCUCUACCACGAUGCUGGGCGAUUAGUUGAGUUUUUGAUCAACUGGAAAUCUAACAAACCAGAUUUCUUUAGCAGAGUCCUGGAUUUAAGUAUAGCGAUGGUUGAGCAAGGCUUCUGGGAAGUCAACGACGCCAUUUUAACAGAGGCGUGGCUAACCGAUUUAGUUAGCAUUGGGUAUAACAUUCCAGCAAUAAAACCUGUGCCGAGGCCAUGUAGAAAUACAAUGGGUAUGGAAACUGAACUAAACUUCAAAGAAAAGCCAUCUGCAUACUUAAGAGCCGGUAAAGAACUGAAACACGUAUUAUCCUUGCCGAAAAAAUCAUGAAAAGAGGCCGAAAUUGAUCCAAAACAAUAUUAUAAAACUCAUCAUCACAUGGAUUAUGCAUAAAUCAUUUUAGGGAUGGAUUUUAUUUCAGUUUCGAAGCAGUCAUGUUAUUUGUUCAUAUUGUAAAUCGAUGGCUUUUUUUAUUUGUAAGUGUAUGUAGUGUUAACAUAGGAAUGUCUCCAGAUUGGUGCAUUGGGGCUUUUAGUCAUGUCCUUCUCCAUACUGCGCCCCAACUAACUGAACACCUGGAAAAGGUUACAAUUUCCUUAUCGCAACAUGGACACGAUAUUCCAAAUUCUUUUCCUUUUGACCCUAUUGUUCAUAGUCACGUGUUGUUUGGAAUUUGAAUUCAUCUGAGGUCAUUACGUACUCAGCGCAUUAAGUAAACAAUUGGCCUUCGUAACGGUUGCUCAAUGUUUUGGGUUCUACAACGCGCUGGCAUCUUGUCUUUUAGUUUGGACUGUGUCAUGUCGUUGUCGCGUUACGUUUUCUACAUAGUAUCAGCCGUGCCUAGUGAUAGCUGUUAUUGCAGUUAUCAGUGGCUUGACACACAAACGAGGCGAAAGGGUCAAUUCUGCAUUGUAUUGGCCUUU